CGCAUGAAAGCGCUGACACGUGCCUCUUCCUUCACACCGCGACAUACACAGCCGGGCUUGAGAACUGCCCGGAUAUUGCAUUUUAUCGCCGAAAGCUCAAUACGGAACCUCAUUUGCACGAUGGCGUCACGAUGGGCAGACGAUGAGGCCGACAAAGCAGAAGCCCUCCGACGCAAGCAAGAAAAGGAAGAGAAGAAGCGCGCGAAGCUCCAAAAACAACAACAAGCAGAAGAGUCCGCACAAGCAGCAAGAGAUGCGAAAGAGCGUGACUUACGGCCAGCAAAGCGUCGACGACUCUCCAACGGUGAAGAUGUCGGCACUGAGUCUAUCAUCUCGGCUUCAAAGGACUCGGAGAAAGAGCGCAAAUUGCUGAGAUUCGAGGGAGGAGGGUGGGCUCCGUGCCGUCACCGCUCAAACUUCGAGACUCUCAAUCACAUCGAAGAGGGGAGCUAUGGAUGGGUGUCGCGAGCCAAGGAUGUCACAACAUCGCAAAUCGUAGCGUUGAAGAAGGUCAAGAUGGACUACAGCCAAGACGGUUUUCCCAUCACUGCUUUGCGCGAAAUCGCCAUUCUUCAAAAAGCUCGACACCCAAACAUUGUUGAUCUGAAAGAAGUGCUUUCUGGAGACAGUCCAGAAGAGUGUGUCUUGGUGAUGGAAUUCCUGGAGCACGACCUCAAAACGCUGCAAGAAGACAUGCAUGACCCUUUUGUCGCAUCAGAAGUCAAGACGCUUCUACGCCAGCUGACCUCCGGCAUCGCCUUCUUGCACGAUAACUAUAUAAUGCACCGCGACCUCAAAACCUCCAACAUCCUCCUCAACAAUCGCGGGCAACUCAAACUUGCAGACUUCGGCAUGGCGCGGUACAUUCCACCUCCACACGCACCUCUCACUCAACUUGUUGUCACAUUAUGGUAUCGAGCACCAGAGCUUCUACUGGGUACAACGAACUAUGGGACAGAAAUUGAUAUGUGGAGUGUGGGGUGCAUACUAGGCGAAUUGCUUCUGAAGACGCCUAUCCUUCCUGGCACGAAUGAGGUUGACCAACUAAGUCGAGUCUUCAGUCUUUGCGGCCUUCCGGAGGAAAAGAGUUGGCCCGGAUUCUGGAGACUGCCUAAUGCACCUAGCCUCAAGCUUCCACGAGAACAAAGAGGCAAGCAGACCUUUGACCGUGCGCGUUUCCCCUUCCUUAGCAGCAGCGGCGUGGAGCUUUUGUCCUCGCUACUGAAUUUGAACCCCAAUGACAGACCCACCGCGCAGGAGGUGCUAGAACAUGAUUAUUUUAAGGAACAGCCAAAGCCAAAGCCGAGCGAGAUGUUCCCCACGUUCCCGAGCAAAGCGGGUCAGGAGAAGAGGAGGAGAGCAAGUCCUCACGCUCCAAAGAGGGGAGAUGCAGCACCGGGACUAGGUAAGGUGGACUUUAGCAGCAUCUUUUCUGCGCAGGAGGAGGGUGAGAAGGGGGCCGGGUUCAUGCUGAAGAUGGCUUGAGUUCCCAAUCACCAAAGUUUACGAUGUCCUAAAAUGAACGAACAGCCAGUUAUUCAAUCAAGUAAUAUGUCACCAUGUUGUAUCUAACAAAGGAACC